UCCUUCCUUCCUGCCCGAAAGCCAGGCAGAGACAGCCUGCGGGGAAGCGUUUUGCAAUCACCUUUUCUGAAAGUCAGAGCAAUUAACGGCACUGGUUGGUGGCUUGGGUCUUUUUUUUUCCUCCUUCCUUUCUUUUUUGAGGAACUAACGGUGAAAGCAACAUGUUCGUGAAGCGCUGGAACACUCUGCUCUCCUGGGAGCCAGGGGCCGGUCCCACAAAGGAGCAGUGAGCCAGGUUGUGCAGCACGAAGCGCUGCAAUGAGCCAUUCUCCUGGGCCUGUCAAGGUGACUCGGUGUGUGAAUUGCAGGUGAUACCGAAGUGCAGGAUCCGAUCAUGGCUGUGCACGGCAAGUCUGAGAUGCUGCUGGGGUACUCCACACUCUUCCUUCUGCUCCUGGCAGGGGCUCGCGCCUGCGGCUGGGUAACGGUGAACUCGUCCACCGUUCUGCUGGGCUCCACCGUCAUGGCCUCUUGCACCAUCCAAAGCAACCGCUGCCAGAGCUUGGAAGAUGAGGAAAUCCAGAUCACAUGGAGGCUCGACAGCCAGGCCGUGCCAGGGAGCCAGCACAAGAACGUGGACGGAGCAGACGUGUCCAAUCUCACCAUCCCCCAUUUCAACCGGACCAGGGCCAAGCUGUGGUGCUACGUGGUGUGGAACAGCACCCCGCAGCGCGUCGGCAUGGCGGAGAUCCGCGCAGGCUAUCCCCCAUCAAAGCCUGACAAUCUGACCUGUAUGAUGAACCUCACUGAUAACAGCCUGACGUGCCGCUGGGACCCCGGGCUGGAUGGACACCUUCCGACCAAAGUGGUUCUGAUGAGCUCCAGGAGCAGAGGCCAGUGUGAAGUUUCCCAGGAGGCGCCCCAAAACUGUACCCCGCAAGCCGGACAGAACUACUGCACCAUUUCCCGCAAGUUCCUCCAGCUGUACCAGAAAAUGGACAUCUGGGUGUCAGUCCAGAAUGCCCUGGGCACAGCCGAGUCUGAGCAUCUCUGCAUCGACCCUACAGAUGUAGCCAAACUGGAUCCCCCUGUCCUAAAGAGCGUCCAGUCAGUCCCUUUCCAGACCAACUGCGUCUCCGUGGCCUGGGAGGUGGCUCACACCAGCUCCCAUAUAGAGCAGCAAUGUGAGCUCCGCUACUGGACCCCAGGGGACCCUGGAUGGACUCUGGUCCCCGACAUCGUCAGCCCCAAUCUGAAGACCCAGCACUGCGGCUUCCUCUUUGGGGCGGAGUAUCACUUCCAGAUGCGCUGCAGGCGGAUCACAGGGAUGGGCUACUGGAGCGAGUGGAGCCAGCGGUGGAACUUCACCACCCACGAGAAAGCUCCUGUGGGGAAGCUCGACGUUUGGUGGAAGACGACGCCCGUGGACUCUGGGAAGAGAGCAGAGGUUCAGCUGCUGUGGAAGGCUCCGAAGCGGAACGAGACAAACGGCAGGAUCCUGGGGUACUGGGUCUCCCUGAAUCCCAGGCGGAGGAAUGGGGCACUCACAGCCAUUUGCAACACGACCGACAUGCAGUGCAAUUUCUCGGUGCCGGCUGGGGUCAGGAGAGUUUAUCUCUCCGCCUAUAACUCAGCAGGCGAGUCUGCCACCACAGAAGUCCUCUUCCUUGAGCAGAAAGGUCAGCCUGUGGCCAGGAUCCACGCGUCGCCCUGUGAUGAGCACAGCCUCUGGGUGCAGUGGGAGGCGCCCAAAGCCGCAGCCACUGGGUACAUAGUUGAGUGGCACCAAACAUCCCUGCCGGGGCCAGCCGGCCGCAGCGUGAGCUGGCAGCUGCAGCGGAACAGGAGUGCCACCAAGGCACUGCUCCGAGAAAACAUUGAGCCUUUCCAGCGGUACAAUAUCUCUGUGUACCCCCUGUAUGCGGACACAGUGGGGCUGCCCCUGCACACAGCAGCAUAUUCCAAAGAGAAGGCUCCAUCGUGCGCCCCUAAACUCCACCUAAUGAGCGUCAGCAAGUCCCACGCCGAGCUCCACUGGGACCCCAUUCCCGUGGCGAUGCAGAAUGGUUUCAUCACCAACUACACCAUCUUCUGGGCAAGCACCACCAGGGAUGAGCUCCGUGCUGUUGUGAACUCCUCCUUCACUGCCUUCACCAUCCGGGGCCUGGUGCCUUUGACGAUGUACAAAGUUCACAUAAUGGCAUCCACAGCAGCCGGCAGCACCAACAGCACCACCCUGUCGCUGGUGACCCCGGCACUGAACGAGACAGAAACCCAGUAUCUGCUGCUGUCCCUUGGCCUCUUGUGCGUUUUGCUCAUUGUGUUUAUCGUCUGCUUCCUGAAGAACAGGAGGGUGAAGAAUCAAUUCUGGCCCAGCGUCCCAGACCCAGCUAACAGCAGCCUGGGCAAGUGGGUGCCGGCUGACCUACAGCAGGAGACUCUCCCGACAGCCAGCGCGAGGGAGCCUGGCCUGGUGACCAUUUCUGACAUCACCGUGCUGGAAAAGGCAGCCGAGAAGAAGGCACCGCUCUGGGGGAAGACAGACUCCCUCCCAGCAGCUGCUGGCCCCUUCCCGGCCCUCCCCAAAUCCUACAUCCUCCCCAGCAGCUCCGGCCUACCAAGUGGCAGCACAGCUCUGGGAGAGGCGAGGCCGGGCUCCUACGUGAAUGGUGCGGGGACUGUCCAGUACGCCAAGGUGGUCGCAGACGGCUACCGGGGCCAGCAGCAGCAGCAGCAGCACGUCCCCUCUCCCCUGUACAUCCGCUCCGACUCCACGCAGCCCCUGCUGAGCGAGCCGUCGCCCAGCCCCAAGCCUUACGAGAACAUGUGGUUCCAUGGAGCCCCGCAGGCGGGGCUGGGCAGCCACAGUUCCCAGGAGGACGGGGACUUCCUCGAGGAGCCGCUGAUCGACUUCCCCCUGCUGCAGGGCCUGAAAAUUGGCGGGACUGAGGGCCUACAGGACUUCCAGAGAUUCUAGUGCCUUUCAGAAGCCAGGAGAACAGGCGGCGCGGGUGUGCGUCUCUCCUGGCUGGAUCCUUCAGCCCCCAAAUCUCCAUGGAACAUGCAUCAAGCUGCUGUUUGCAUUUGCACCACAUACUCUCAAAGCAUUGGCAUGACCAGAGCCUGGGGGAGGCAGAGCACUGCCCUGCUGCCCUGCAGGAAACCUGAGUCUGGCUCCCAGGCCGGCAGGGGCUCUCAGCCAGAUCCUGCUCAGGGGAGUAAGGAGCUGGGUGCUGUCUGCUCUGCUCCCCUGUGAGCGCUGUAGCCCGCAGAAUCGGGCCCUUCCCUGAAACCUCCUCUAGUCUCUUUCUGCCAAGGCCGGCAGGGCUGGGAAUGCUGCAGAGGGGGAGUAUCCCAGGCAGCCCCACUGGCCGGUGCUCAGGGCCAUGCUGUUUUCUUCAGGCAGCUGCUGCCAUCUGCGGCGGGGGGGGGGAGGAGGUGGCUGUGCUACAGACACGAAGGAUGAGGGGAUGCCUGAAAACAGCACCAGCUGCGCGCAGGGUCCAUGCAGAGGCUGCCGGCUCUGGGGUCCGAACGUGUUCUGCGGCUCCUGCCUCUGGUGGGGCGCCCUGCAGACUCAGCUAAAGACUUUAUCAAGUUCCCUAUAAGCUCAGGGAAUGUCAAGGAACAGUCUUCUAAGCUCAUUAUCCUGCUACCGGGGGUUCUCUGGCAAGGACCAAGCCAUGGCUUUCCACGGCCCUCGCAGAGUUGGGUAGGGGAGAUUUCACUGCACUUUCGAAACCCCACGUGAACGUUAUGCUAUUUAUUUGUUUCUCCACAUGUCACUUGUUACCCUGGGCCAUUUGCAAAGAGUCAGCCCAGCGAGAGCUGAGGCCCGGGGCCUGGAAUUAAGCUGCUGAGCUGUUCCCUGCAAGGUGGCCAGCGCAGACCUGACUCGGGUCUGUAGUGACCAGAUGCCAGGCCCUUGGAGGUGUCUCUAGGUGACAGCGCAGGACAUGAACCCAGUGGGGCCGCGUCACCAAAAGGGCUCAUGAACUCACCAGUCAGCCCGUGAGGUGGCGCUCCAGCCAAGGGUGUGGGGUGUUGUGAGGUAUGUUUGCCCUCAGACUGGGCCUGGUCACUGAGGGGCAGGCCGAUCCAGUGCUAGCCUGGGAGGAAUAGACCUGGGCUAGGUUCCCAGCCACACUCCUGUGUGGCCUUGGGGCGUCCCUCACUUGGGCAGCCAUGCUGCAUUGCAAAGCUGGGUUUACAAUAGCUGGCUCCAGGUCUCCCAGCCAUGCUAGAGGGUCCACACUGCACAGACCUUCUAGCUCGGGUGUGGCUUGACCUGCAUUCACUCUGCAAAAGGACAGGGCUUGGAUCCGGGACUCGGGCUCUGAUCCAGGUCCUGAGUGCCCGCUGACACCCACCUCAGACUGAGUUGUGCGUGGACUGAUGGAGGUGUUGGGCUGAAAUCAGAAUCAGACAGUGUGUGUGCAAUGUAGACAUACCCUUUGGCUACGUCCA